GUAUGAAAUUAAACUUAAUAUAAGAACAUUAAGAGAACACAGAGUUUUUUUGAAAGUGUUGUGCCAGCGCUUGAGUAUAAGGAGGCACUUUGUCAGUCCGGGUGCCCCAGUGCAACCACUUCCUAUUUCAUCGCACCCCAUGAGAUGACCACCAACCAAACUCCCCGCCCUCUCCUAAAAACAUUAAGUACAUAACACAAACAUAUCUAGACACUUUUUUAAAAAGUUUUCUGUAUGGACCCCCUGCGUACAUAAUGGAUCUGGUGCUCACGUGGUGGAUUCUCCUUUCCUGUCUGAUCAAGCAGGUGCAUUUAGAGCUUCUCCUAUCAAAGCAAGAGUUUGCUAUCGUGGCCAUGGAUAAGGACCCAAACUGUUUCACCAGGGAACAGGAAGAUUUCACUUGUUUUUGGGAAGCACCUGUAGGAAAGUCCUAUUAUUUUCUCUACACAUAUGAUCAAUCAGCAGAAGAAAAAAGAUGUGAUGUGAAACAUCAAACUUAUGAGAAGAAGGACCUGCAUAUUUGCACAUUUCCAUCGAUUGAUGUCUAUGUGUUUGUUGAAAUGCAUCUCAGAGUGAUAGACAGAGACACCAACACAACCGUCUACAAUCGGACUGUCUGUGUGGAGGAUCAGCAUCUACUGUAUCCUCCAUCAAAUAUAUCCCUUCAUCCAACUGGCGAGGUGGGCCAAUUGUUAGUUGAAUGGAAAAGGCCAAAAAAUGGAUGGAUUCCUGGAUUGUACCUACAGUAUGAAAUUCGUUACAGCUCCAAAAACACAUCAAGCACAGUUGGACCGAUAUCAAAACACCGCCAUAAGCUAGUCUCUCUGGUCGCAGGAGAAAACUGCACAGUGCAAAUGAGAGUCAAGCCUGGAGGUGAUUCAAAACAGUUUUGGAGUGACUGGUCAAGUCCUGUAACAGCUAUGGUGCCACAAACAGCAGGUGACAUAGAAUUGCGUUGCCACACUCCUGAUCUGAAUCAAGCAUUAUGCAAAUGGAGAGGAGAAUUAUAUGAUGACGGCAGAUACAGCUUCCACUACAGACAAAUAAACAGUUCGUGGGGCAUUUGGAAGUUGUGUUCCAAAGACAACAAUACUGUCCACCAGUGUGUCCUGAAUGGGCAGGAGUCCAGUGUCUAUCAGUUUUACCUCAGUGCUGGAUUGCAACCAUUCGGUCGAAUGUUUUAUGCAGAGACUUUCAGUAUGAACAGCAGCAUCAAGACGAGGCCUCCAUGUGGUCUGAAAGCAAAACCUGAGGAAGGAAGGCUUUGUUUGACAUGGAAUCCACCCUUUUUGAAGAUCUCUCAGUAUCUAAAGUAUCAGAUCCGUUAUCAGCGUCAAGGAGAGAGUGAGUGGAAGGAUUUUACAACACCCAGUUCAAAGACCAGCACUUGUCUGGAUGUGCACCAGGGGAGCCAAUACACCAUCCAGGUCCGAGCCCAACCCAAUGGAUCAGUGUACAGCGGAGAAUGGAGUGACUGGUCAAAACCUCUCACUGUCCUCUUACCUUUAGACAAAGGGUGGAUCUUCAUUGUCUGCAUACCAGUGACUCUGCUCAUCAUUGCUACUACAAUGAUUACUUUCUUCUCUAGAUACUUCCGUAAGGUUAAGAAGUCCUUGUGGCCAUCAGUCCCAGACCUCAACAAAGUGCUUGAAAGCUUCCUGACUGAUAUCAGUGGAUCACACUGGGAGCCAUCCUUCAACAUUAAGCAAUGCGAUGAUGACACUGCUACAUCAGUGGUGGAGAUUCUGCCCGAGAGGGAAACUACAGUAAAACCCUGUAAGAAGUCCACCUGUCUUUCACUCUCUGAGUGUGAUUUCCUAUCUGAUGAGAAAAAUGGGGAGAAUUUCAGAGAGGAUUUGGAGAUGGCUCAAGAUUAUGUGAUUUUGAACAACGAUAAAAUUACAUGCUUUAUAGGGAAUGACUAUGUGUAUAGGGAUGUUGCUUUAUCUCAUGUGACUAAUGAAAAACUACAAUGCUGCCCCAGUGCCCGUUCUCCUGCUUUCCCAGAAUACACCACAAAUAUCCUCAACCAUUCCUAUCUCCUUCUGGCAGAACAGUCUGAGCUUGAAGAGUAUCACUCAGCCUGUCGCCGGUACACCAAUAUGGAGAUCUCGGUAAUACCAUGUGUAGCAAAUGUAGAGUGAGGCUUAAUCUCUGAUAAAUUAAACUCACAAACAUGUAUAUAUUAAGAGUUUUGGAUGAAGCCAUACUCACAAAUUCAAAAACAUCUCAUCUUCUGUGGAAUGAGAGAAGAGGCCUGUGAUACCUUCAGCAACAGACAAGGUUCAAUGUACAGAGCACUUGUUGAAGUCAUUGUGAAGUCAGGUAUGCCAAGUGGAGAUUGUUUAAUGCAUGAAUCUUACCCAUGAAUAAGAAGGAAAUUUCAUCAUACUUCAAACCACAAAAUUCAGGAACUAUUGAUUCUUCUGUUAAAUAUGUGAUAUUUAAGCUUUAACAUUGUGGGACUACUUUUCUAGUUGGUUGUGUCAUUCCUGUGGGUGAAGAUUAUUACAGAUAGAAAAUCAUUUUUUUCUUGGAGUCUUUAAAUGGACACCAUACAAAUGUUACCAGGUUUAUAUGGUAAAGUUAAAGGUUGCACUUUGAACACACAAAGUUGGUUAGCAUAUCCAUCACACCAGUCUCAUGAUAACGUGAUGGGUAAAUGUUAUGGCUAUACUUCAGAAAAACUGAGAUAUUACAUAUAUUUUUUUUUUUGUUGGUAAUUUAGGACAUGACUAAUAUUUUAUAUAGCGCUUAAGCACCAUUUAACCCUGGAUAUUUUAUAAAUGGAAAUGUGAUAUGCAUGUAGGCUAUAUUUGUUAUAAACAUUCUUUAGCAGUUAUGCUUGCUAUAUUCGUAAUAUGUUGUCUGUAAGAUAUUGUACUGAUUAUAACACAAGAAGCAAUUAAUGUCUUAUCAGGUCUGAUCAGUCAAUAGCUUUAUUGUAUAAAGACAUUACACAGGUAAAAUCGGACAAAUAUCCAACAUUUUGGUGCUUUGUAUGAAAGUUGUACAUUUUAAUAUGAGUCAUUAAAUGCUAAACUAGA